UCGUUCCCGCGUCUCGCGAGCUUACAGCGACUCGCCGAGGCCGGGGAGUUGGGUCCGCUCUCAGCUCCUGUGAGGCCGAACCCCGCAGUGACCAUGUUCCGAGCGGCGGCUCCUGGGCGGCUGCGGCGGGCGGCCUCAUUGCUACGAUUUCAGAGUACCCUGGUAAUAGCUGAGCAUGCAAAUGAUACCCUAGCACCCAUUACAUUAAAUACCAUCACAGCAGCCAAACACCUUGGAGGUGAAGUGUCCUGUUUAGUAGCUGGAACCAAGUGUGACAAGCUGGCACAAGAUCUCUGCAAAGUAGCAGGUGUAACAAAAGUUCUUGUGGCUCAGCAUGAUGCGUACAAAGGCCUCCUUCCAGAGGAACUGACACCAUUGAUUUUGGCAACGCAGAAGCAGUUCAAUUACACACACAUCUGUGCUGGAGCAUCUGCCUUUGGAAAGAACCUUUUGCCUAGAAUAGCAGCCAAACUUGAUGUUGCCCCUAUUUCUGACAUCAUUGCAAUCAAAUCACCCGACACAUUUGUGAGAACCAUUUAUGCAGGGAAUGCUUUAUGUACAGUGAAGUGUGAUGAGAAAGUGAAGGUGUUUUCUGUCCGAGGAACAUCUUUUGAAGCUGCAGCAACAAGUGGAGGUAGUGCCAGUUCAGAAAAGGCAUCAAGUCCUUCCCCAGUGGGGAUAUCAGAAUGGCUUGACCAGAAAUUAACAAAAAGUGAUCGACCAGAGUUAACAGGUGCCAAAGUGGUGGUAUCUGGUGGUCGGGGUUUGAAGAGUGGAGAGAACUUUAAAUUGUUGUAUGAUUUGGCAGAUCAACUACAUGCUGCAGUUGGUGCUUCUCGUGCUGCUGUUGAUGCUGGCUUUGUUCCCAAUGACUUGCAAGUUGGACAGACAGGAAAAAUAGUAGCACCAGAACUUUAUAUUGCUGUAGGAAUAUCUGGAGCCAUCCAACAUUUAGCUGGGAUGAAAGACAGCAAGACAAUUGUGGCUAUUAACAAAGACCCAGAAGCUCCAAUUUUUCAAGUGGCAGAUUAUGGAAUAGUUGCAGAUUUAUUUAAGGUUGUUCCUGAGAUGACUGAGCUAUUGAAGAAAAAAUGAGUCAUGACCAUAUCUUAAGAAGGAAAAUUGUAUCAAAGUAUAUUCAGCUGAAAUCAUAGAUUCAAGGCUAAUAUAACAAUCAUUGGAAAGCGUGGAGAGCUACAUUUCAUAAUUUGAGGAAAAAUUCUAACAGAUGCCAGAAUGCUUUUUUUAUGGGGUUAUUAUUAUGUUUCUUUUUAAUUAUUUGUGAUUCAAAACAGUUAUUUUUUGAACUUUUCUAGUUCUGUAAUAAAAUAUAUAAUAAAACCUUUCCACAGCUUUGAA